AUGACAAAUAACACUGGUGGAAAUGGCAGUACUAAUAAUACAUAAAAUUUGAAUUCUACUUAGAAUGACACAAAUUCAGAUGAGGGAAGUAAUAACAAUCAAAACAUCAAUAACACUGAUAAUAGCUCAAAUCAUAGCGCAGUUGUUAACAAUACAAAUACUUCAUCCUAAAAUAAUUCUUAAGAAAACAAUACUAAUUAGAUAGGUCAAGAAAGUUAUAUAAUUUAUUUAUGUCCUGGAAUGAUUGUACCAAAUUUAGAAAGUGGCCCCUUUUUUAUAACUGAACUAUUAAACAUCAUCAAUCUUUCUGCAGGAUCUAAUAAUACCUAUAAAUUUCCAGAGGUCUGUAACUAUAAGAAUACAUCACUUUAUAACCUUAAAAUAGAUUUGCUUUUCUAGGAAUCAUUGCCUGGUUAUAUUAAUUACAACAAUACUCAUUUGGAUUUGACUCCUCCGUUUGGCAUUAAUGGCUAAUCAUACUUAAUUGUGACUUUGUCUUCAGAAUUCGAUGAUUUCAUAGUUUUUAACUAAUACAUGAUAGAGUUGAAUAUUACCUCUAGACCUCACGAUAAUAAAGCAAUCUUAGAGCCUUCAAUAAAUUAAACAGACUAUAAGCGCUUUGAUGAAAAUUUCUCAAUGACAAUCACAGAAAUCAGUACUGAUUCUUAUGCAACGAUUGAAUUUUCAAAACCUAUAGUAGUGCCUAAAAAUUUCAAUAAACUUUUGAAAUAAUCUUUGAGCAUAUCUUUUGGAAGUGAUUUUGAGAGUUAUAAUGUUUUAGAUUCUUUUGAUGUCUAGUCUUUCGAUGGCAAAAUUUUAAAGAUUAAGUUAAACUUCAUAGAUUAAUAUAGCAUAUCUUCUGGCUUUGAUAGCGAUAAACUGAUAAUUCAGAUUACAAACAAUAAACUAUUUAUGGCUAAGGACACUAAUCUACCUAUCUUAUCAAAUUUUUAAUCAUAAAGAGUAAUUCCAUAAUAAACUAAUGAAGACUAAGAUGAAAUUGAUAAUCAAAAACAGACAAACUAGAUCAUUACAGAUAUACUUUCAGCUUCUAUUUAUAGUGGAAUAAUAAUUGGAACAUUCUCAGGAACAAGUUUACAAAUGCUUUGGGGAUUCAUAAAUACUCUUCAACUAAUUACUCAUACUCCUCUGUUUUAAAUCCACUACACUUUAAAUAUUCUGCUUUUCUUAUAAGCAGUUUUUGAUGUUGUAAAUUUAGAUCCUUAUAAAAUUGAAGAGUAAAUAAAAUGGCUUUUUAACUUAAAACCUUCAGAGGAAUAUGAACCUUAUAAUGAUCUCCUUUGA